AUGCCUUCUUACAUGGUGAUUUGGCUAAGGAGCUCCACUGUUGCACAACUUGAGUUUGCUUCUAGCACCUAUGAUUCAACUCUUUUUACUCAUGACAUUGAUACUGGAAUCACUAUUCUACUACUUUAUGUUGAUGAUAUGAUCAUUACUAGUGAUGAUACUUUUGGUAUUCAUGAGCUCAAACAGUUUCUGUGUCAGCAGUUUGAGAUGAAAGACCUCGGUUCUCUUAGCUACUUCUUCGACUUAGAGGUGUCCCCUACUUUUGAUGGCUUCUCUUUGACCCAAGCCAAGUAUGCUUCUGAUCUUCUCACACGUGUUGGUCUCAUAUAUUGUAAGAUAGCUGAUAGUCUGCCGGAGCUCAACAUCAAACUCCGUCCUACUGAUGGGGAGCUCCUUCCCGAUGCCACUCAUUACCGACAGCUUGGGAACUCCUUCGUUUCACACUGCUUUAGAGUGACUGCAACUUUUGUUCAACGGUGCGACUGCUCUAAAGUGCUUUUGGAAACGACCAAGGAAACUCAGACUGUCCGUGUAAGCUCGUCACUGUCCGCAGCUUUAGUUUCCUUUUCAGACGGUGCAGUGCAGAGCAGUGCGGUAGGAACCCAAGCAGGGCGGAGAGUUUUCUUGGAACCCCAAAAGGUUAAAUGGCCACACAAACCACUCUGCACAAAUGAGAUACUGCCUUGCCUUACCUUGCCAGUAUUCAUGCUUCCACAUUUCAUUCCUACAAUGCCCCAACCAGAUUGA